UUUUGUGUAGGAAAGGGUGACGUGGGGCUGUUCCUCUGGGUACAGCUGUGGCAGUGCCCUCUCAGAUUCUCCCUUCAGAUUUCUCAGGGUAGUAGACAUGCAGCCCAAGGGCCUCUGCUUGGCUUGACCCAGCUGUGGGGACUCUGUCCCCAGAGACCAUGAAGAUGGAGGGUUUAUGGAGGUCUUCUCUGCCCAGCUGCCUCCUCCUCCUGCUCUUCCUCCUCCGGCUGUCUUCUAGCUACGCAGGACAGUUCAGAGUGAUAGGCCCAGGGUACCCCAUCCGGGCUCUGGUUGGAGAUGAAGCGCAGCUGCCCUGUCGCAUAUCUCCUGGGAAGAAUGCCAGUGGGAUGGAGGUGGGGUGGUACCGUCCCCCCUUCUCUAGGGUGGUUCAUCUCUACCGAAAUGGCAAGGACCAAGAUGUGGAGCAGGCACCUGAAUAUCGAGGUCGCACAGAGCUGCUGAAGGAUGCCAUUAGUGAGGGAAAGGUGACCCUCAGGAUCCGGAACGUGAGGUUCUCAGAUGAAGGAGGCUUCACCUGCUUCUUCCGGGACCACUCUUACCAGGAGGAGGCCGCGGUGGAAUUGAAAGUGGAGGAUCCCUUCUACUGGAUCAAUCCUGGGGUGCUGGUUCUCAUCGCGGUGCUGCCUGUGCUCCUCCUGCAGAUCACUGUGGGCCUCCUCUUCCUCUUCCUGCAGCACAGAUUGAGAGGAAAACUCCGCGCAGAGAUCGAGAAUCUCCAUCGGACUUUUGAUCCUCACUUCCUUAGAGUGCCCUGCUGGAAGAUAACCCUGUUUGCAGUCGUGCCUGUCCUCGGACCCCUGGUUGCCUUGAUCAUCUGCUACAACUGGCUGCAUCGAAGAUUGGCAGGACAGUUUCUUGAAGAACUAAGAAACCCCUUUUGAGCAUCAGUAUAUCUUCCCGGAGUGGAGACACAGGUCCCUGAAGCGGUCUCUCGCUGGCUUCUUCCCUAUGGACACAUGCCAAAACGCGAUCCGGAAACACUGAGUCCAAACAUUUGCUCUCUCCAGCUCUCCUCCUUUCCUUAGCUCCCCUUCCUUUCCCAGUUUUUGCCUCAUCUCUUUACUCCUCUCUCAUUAGGAAGCCUUCUGUGGCUCAGCCCAGGCGGUCUUUCUACCAGAAGACACCUGUGUACCAAAGUCAUAUGGAGAAGAAGGCCUCAGCCACAAACAGCAGUUCCAGAACCUCAUGACAAAAUUACAGUAUACAAACCCUGCAGAUGGUAGAUGUUUCUUCCAAGAUCCCAGCCCUGACUGGGCAGAACAGUGGUGUGGGGAGUUGAAAGACAGGGACAGAUGAGCCCACAGUAUUGGGGAAGCUAUUGAGCUGAAGAGUAUGGGGCGCUCUAACCAAAACCAUCUUACUCAACGAUUACUACUUGAUGGUCUAUCAGACACAAACAAGCUGGGUGCUAAUUACACAAGUCUCCGUGUGCA